AUGAAGUGUCUUCUAGUCUUGUUGUUGGUGACUGCUGUCUUCGCCGAGGAGAAGAAGGUCGAAGAGAAGAAAGAAGAGAAGAAACAUGACAAGAGAGGAAUAGAAGACUUCAGUGGACAUGACUUCAGUGGUGGAGAAUUCGGUGGACACGAUUUUGGAGAUCACAAAUUUGGAGAUCAUGACUUCAGCAACCAUCACCAUCACGAGGUGAAGACCAUUACGAUAGAGAAGGAGGUGAAGGUGCCGUACCCAGUCCACGUGGAGAAGAAGGUACCGUACCCUGUCAAGAAGAAAGUGCCUUACCCGGUCAAGGAGUACAUCCCUAAACUUUACCCUGUCGAGGAAAAGAUUCCUUACCCCGUGAAGGUAACUGUAGUGAGACCGGUGCCCGUGCAUAUACCCAAGCCUUACCCCGUCUACGUAGAGAAGAAGGUGCCAUACCCUGUAGAGAAACACAUCCCUUACCCGGUCAAGGUGCAUGUCCCCCGGCUUGUCCCCUAUCACGUUCCUGUUGUCAAACACGUGCCUUACCCCGUUGAGAAGAAAGUUCCUUAUCCCGUCAAGGUGCCAGUUGAGAAGCCAGUCCCCUACCCUAAGGAGGUGCCGUAUCCAGUCAAGGUUCCGGUUCACAUCCCGGUGCCUGUGCCGUACCCUGUCAUCGUCGAGAAGAAAGUGCCUUACACCGUCGAGGUACCAGUCGAUAAACCGUACCCGGUCCACGUGCCCAAGCCGUACCCCGUCUAUGUCGAGAAGAAAGUGCCGUACACGGUCAAGGAGUACGUCCCGCAGCCGUACACGGUCUACAAGAAGGAGCCGUACCCGGUCGAGAUGCCCGUCGACAAGCCGUACCCCGUCCACGUCCCUAAACCUUACCCCGUGGUCGUCGAGAAGAAAGUACCUUACACGGUGGAGAAGCACGUGCCGUACCCUGUAAAGGUGGCUGUGGACAAACCUUACCCCGUCCACGUGCCUGUCGUCAAGCAUGUCCCGUACACUGUAGAGAAGAAGGUGCCUUACAAGGUAGAGGUGCCUGUGGAGAAGCCCGUACCUGUGUCUGUGCCCAAGCCUUACCCGGUCGUUGUAGAGAAGAAGGUGCCUUAUACAGUAGAGAAGCCGGUGCCUUACCCCGUCAAGGUGCCUGUAUAUCACCAUCACAACCAUCGAUCUGGAUAUGGGUUGGAACAAGAAACUCACAGUUUUGAUCACAGCUUUGGCCAUCAACAUACCGGUCAUGGAUAUAAUUUCUGAAGUGUACAUCUACAAAAUCUUUAAACUGU